ACACACACCCUCACUCACUGUAAAUGCCGCGCAUUUGUCUGCUUGCGCUAAUCGGGCUGCCGGGCGCUGGCAAGACACGCCUUAGCAACUGGCUGCUGGAACAACCCACAUCUCUUACCGGCUGGAAUGUGAUGCAUCUGUGCUACGACGACCAUUUUAACAUAGGACCUAAAGACCACACAGACUAUAAAACGCAGCGCAAGCUAAUACACAAACUGUUGACACAGCUCAUUGCGGAACUUCAAGCGGGGGCCACUGAGCUGCCUGCCAUGGUGCGAGGUGGAACAACAACAACAACAGCCAUUGGCAACGACAACUAUCUAAUUGUUUGCGAUGAUAAUCAUUAUUAUCGCAGCAUGCGCAAUAAGCUUUAUCAGUUGUGUCGUAGCCAAAACUGCCUGUAUGCACAGCUUCAUGUGGCCAGCAGCCUGGACGCAUGUCUCCAGGGCAAUGUGGCACGUGGUGCAGCCGGCGUGCCGCCAGCUGUCAUACGGCAAAUGCAAACGCGUCUCGAGCCACCCAGUGCGACAGCCAACGGCUGGGAGAGAUUAAGCCUAACACUAACCAGCACAGACUAUGCUGCGGCAGCGCACAUUAUCAACGGGUUUAUUCGAUCCUUACUCGAGAGCCAGCUAGUUGGCACGUCUUUGGUGAGCGUGAAACAGCCGCAGGUGCAAUCGCUGGUGCAUCAGCUGGACCUGCUGCUGCGGGCGCGCAUUCAGAUCUGCAUGGAUGCCAUCGAAGAACAUCAACAGAAACGUAUCGGGGGCCACGCUUUGAACGGACAACGCAAACAGAUUUUGGCAAAAUUUCGCCUUGAUAUGCGCAACAGGCAGACAGACUUUUCUAAUCUUAACUUGGAAUACUAUGUUAAUUUGUUAAGCUAGUCUAAAGGAAAAUAAGCUUUAAACUGUUCGUAUGUACAUAUUUACAUAA